CACACACCUCCUUAAUUAGUCAACAAAAAAUUUUAACCAAGAAAAAUAUACAAGAUAAUAGAGAAAGCUAUGAACAGAAAAAAGAAAAAGUGGAAAAAGAAAAGUUAAAUUGUGUCCAUCAGAGAUCCCAUUUUCCUUGUCUUUCUCUUACUUUAAUUUCCAUCCAAGCCUCUGACCCUUUUCUCACGUUUUCUACUCCCAUGAAACACACUUGCCUUCUAGCUUCUGCCAAGUUUUCAUGUGCCUUCUCUUCUUUCUCCUUUCUCUUGCAUAAAUAAAAUAUAUUAUAACACCAUUUUCCCUUUAUCUUUCACCCUAUGCUUCCAAUCAUUGUUUUUACAUGAAUUUUUUUUUCUUUCACCAAUUUUCAGACAAUAAUGUAACAUACAAGUCUAAUAUACUUUUGCCACUGCAAUUUAGACUGUGAUAUAAAAAAAGUUCAUGUCUCUGCUAUCACACGGAUUUAUUUGACUGUCAUUCUUUGCAAUAUCAAGAAUCGCAACGAAAUUGUUAUAAUAAAUUUUUGAUAUUUAGUUGCAUUUAUCUGCAAUAUCAAAGAUCGCGAUUCGGGUAGUCUACUAUUCAAAAUUUUGAUAUUUAGUGUCUUUAUCUACUCUCCAUGUCUCCUCUUCAAUAUCCAAAAACUUGGAUUCCCUAUGAAAAUACCAAAGACUGUUCACAAGGAUUUUGCAGCAUCUACUGUCCACAAUGGUGCUACAUAGUUUACAGUUACACUCCUCCACCACCAUCUCUUCAAUACCAUGAUAAUGAUUCAAAAUCAAAUGUCUCUCCUCUUGUUAUUUCAUUCCUUGGAAUCUUAGCCACUGCUUUUCUACUACUAAGUUACUAUACUCUCAUAUCCAAAUACUGUGGUCACAGAGUAUCUACAAGAAGAAAUAGCACUGACCCAGUUGAUGAUUCGCAACGAAAUCGCCGCGAAAACCAUCAAGUUUCAAACUUUGGCCUAGAUGAGGCUCUAAUAAAGUCCAUGGCAGUUUUCAAGUACAAAAAAAGAGAAACUUUUGUUGGUGUAAGUGAUUGUUCUGUUUGUUUAAGUGAGUUUCAAGAUGAUGAAAGUGUUAGAAUAUUACCAAAUUGUAACCAUGUUUUUCAUGUUUCUUGUAUUGAUAAAUGGUUAAAAUCUAACUCUAGUUGUCCUCUAUGUCGUUCUAACAUAUUCACUUUGAAUAAUGUUUCAACAUUUGAAGUUCAAGAUGUAGUUAUAGAACUUCCUUUGAGAAAUGAAACUUUUUCACAAGAUGAACAAAUAGUUGUUGGAAGUGGGAAUGAAUUAAGGGGGGUGGAAAUAGCAAUGAUGAUGAAUCAUGGUGGUGGUGGUGAUUCAAAGCAUGCAUUUCGUGCUUUUAGGUCAAUUUCUUUGGAUCAUUCAUUUUCAAUUGGAGAUGUGUUGAAUAUGAAUGAAAAUGAAAAUGAAGAUUCUUAUGAAGAAGGGUGUUCAAUGGAUGUAGUUGGUUCAUCUAAGAGAUUAAGAGGUGAAAGUAACAAGUCAAGAAAAGUUUCACCAACAACGUCAAAAAAACGACAGAAAGACGCAAAUUGUCCAAUUAAACAGCGAUGUCGUAGACACGAUGUCCAGGAUGAUGUCGUUGGGCUUAAUGAGCAUCCACAGAUGGAGCAGGCUGAGGAGCAAUAUGCUGCACAUGCUGAUGAUAUUCGUGAUGCUGAUGAUGUUGCUUAUGUCCCUGCACAUGCUGAUGAUAUUCAUGAUGUUGAUGAGUAG